UUUUGGUGUAUUUUGUUAAUGUAAAUUGUAACUUAGUGUGUUAAUUUUUGGUUAGAUAUAGAUUAGUCAGUAUUUAUUAAAAUUUCAUAUUCAAAAAAUCGUACUAAUUAAAUUCAUUUUCAGAUCAUUGAAAUAUAUUUAAAAAGGUGUAUGGUGAAAAUAUACAAUUCUGUUAAUCCCGUUUAAGAAAACAGAACAUCCAAAUAGUCUUAGAUUUAGUAAAAUCAGAAAUCAUGAUCCCACCAGGAAAACCAAAUAAAACAUGGACAAUUCAAAACAUAUGCUAUAAAAGGGCACCCAUAAACUGCAAAAACAAUUCAGUUAUUUUUAUUUCUUCUUCUUCUAAUUCACAACAAUGGUUACCAAUACAGAGACGCAAGAACAAGAAGAAAAUAAGGAAGUAUACCUAAUUGAUCUGGUUCCGAAGUUUAAAACGCAGCGUAGAAGUCCUCCUUCCAAACCCCGCUCCGAUUUUUCUUUCUUGAUUUCUGAAUCCAAUCUAGUUAAAUGUACAUCAUCAACGUCAACGCAAUGCAAAAACGUGAAUAAAAGAAAGUUCGAGACGAAACAAAAGGAUAAAAUUUGUUCAGAUGAAGGUGCAUCUGCUCAAACAUGUGGUAGGAAGGUUCGUCAAUUGAGGAUUAUGCGGUCGCUUGGCCUUAUAGCUCCGAUUGGUUCUCCGUUUUCACGUGUUCACAACCAUGAAGACGCUGACGCUAUGAUAUAGUGCAUAGUUAAACAUUAUUUGAAUGUUAUAGAAACAUAAAAUUUCAAAUAUUAUUACUAUUCUUUUUGUAAUUAUCAUCAUUAGUAUUCUUUAA